AUGUGGAAGUGGAACCAGACCAUUCUGGAAGACUUCAUCCUUCAAGGGCUCUUUGAUGACUCCUUCAACCACCUUUGUCUUUUCCUCCUGAUCAUGCUGGUGUUCCUUACUGCAGUGAGCGGCAACAGCCUCACCAUUCUCCUCAUCUGUGCUGACCCCCGUCUUCACACCCUGGUGUACUUCCUGCUCAGCCAGCUGUCCCUCAUGGAUCUGAUGCAUGUCUCAACAACCAUUCCCAAAAUGGCAACCAACUACCUGUCUGGCAAGAAGUCUAUCUCGUUUUUGGGCUGUGCCACCCAGCACUUUGUGUACCUGUCUCUUGGUGGUGCAGAGUGUGUCCUCCUGGCUCUCAUGUCUUAUGACCACUAUGUUGUCAUCUGUCACCCCUUAUGCUACACUGUGCUCAUGAGCAGAAGAGUGGGAAUGAUGAUGGCUGUCAUGUCAUGGUUGAGUGCAUCUGUGAACUCCCUAAUCCACACAUCCCAAUUAUUAUCUACAAAUGGAACACAGUUCAUUAUUCUUGUUAGACAUGAUGGUGGGAGCUGUCAUGGGCUGGAGCAGCAGGAUCCAGAAUCAGCUGACUACAGCCUGUCAGCAGCCAGGAAGGAGAUAGGACUCUGCGCAGAACUGGGGAUAAGCCCUUACCAGCUUACAGCCCCUACCAACCUAGUUCUUCUAACAAGGUCAUACUUCUAA